AUGCAUUAUUCGGGUAGGAAUAUGCUGAAAGAUUCAGUGAGUAUCGUCGAUCCCGAAGCUUAUCAGAUCAUGCGAAAGGAAAAGGAAAGGCAGAAACGAGGAUUAGAAUUAAUUGCGAGUGAAAAUUUCACUUCAAAAGCUGUUCAUGAUGCAUUAGGUUCUUCAAUGUCAAAUAAAUAUUCAGAAGGAUAUCCGGGUGUCAGAUACUACGGAGGCAAUGAAUUUAUCGAUCAGAUGGAAACAUUAUGUCAAAGUCGUGCCCUUCGGGUGUUUGGUUUGAAUGACAAGAAAUGGGGUGUUAAUGUGCAAGCUCUCUCGGGUUCACCAGCAAACCUUGCUGUUUAUAUGGGCUUAAUAGAACCAAAUGGCCGAAUUAUGGGUUUGGACUUGCCCGAUGGUGGGCAUUUGACUCAUGGGUUCUUCACACCUCGACGAAAAGUUUCGUCAACGUCCUUAUUUUUCCAGUCGAUGCCUUACAAAGCUGAUCCCAAAACUGGUUACAUCGAUUACAAUCAGUUGGAGUACACUGCAUUACUGUUCCGUCCAAAUAUUAUUAUAGCAGGAACAAGUUGUUAUUCACGCUUAUUGGAUUAUAGUCGCUUCCGUGAGAUAGCUGAUAAAUGUGGUGCUUAUUUGUUGGCUGAUAUGGCACAUAUCGCGGGCCUAGUUGCGGCAAAUGUGAUUCCAUCACCUUUUGAAUAUGCCGAUGUUAUUACAACAACAACUCAUAAAUCACUUCGGGGUCCUCGUGGGGCGUUAAUUUUUUAUAGGAAAGGUUUGAAGAAAAUAACUCCAAAAGGUGAAAAAAUAAUGUAUGAUUUGGAACGGCGAAUAGAUUCUGCUGUAUUUCCAGGAUUGCAAGGAGGACCUCAUAAUCAUACAGUAGCGGGCAUUGCUGUUGCCUUACAUCAGUGUCUUGCGGAAGAUUUUGUUGAAUACUCCAAGCAAGUUUUGGCAAACUCUCAAGCACUUGCAAAUAGAUUGAUGGAACUUGGCUAUACUUUGGUUACAGGUGGAACUGAUACUCAUCUUUGCUUAGUGGAUUUGCGUCCAAAAGGUUUGGACGGUGAGAAAGUGGAACAUGUGCUUAAUUUAGCUCAUAUUAUUUGCAAUCGUAACACUUGUCCAGGAGACCAAAGCGCCCUACAUCCGAGCGGAAUACGUCUUGGAACACCAGCUCUUACUACACGAGGAAUGAAAGAGAAUGAUUUUGUUAAAGUUGCCGAUUUUAUUCAUGAAGGAGUGGAAAUUUUGAUAAAGUAUCAAUCGCAGGUAGGUAAAACGCUCAAGGAUUUGAUAGCAUUUACUAGCUCGAAUGAACAGUUUAUGGCAGAUAUUGAUAAGUUAGGGGAAAAAGUGGAGCAGUUUGCUAGCCAAUUCGAUAUGCCUGGGAACGAUGAUAUUUAA